AUCGUAUGCCACUGAUCCAAGUGCAGAAGAACAGUUUACGCGCAACUUUAAAAGCGGAAACACCAUCAAAUCAAACCGUCCAAAGGGUGACUAAGACCUUCUUUGCCGAAAGUGACAUAAUUUUUUAUUCAUAUUUUUAUAAACAAAAGAAAGAAAGUGACCACAAAACAAAAAAAAAUGAUAUAUUUGAAAAUAAUCGUUCUGUUGAGUUUUGCCACUUUAGCCAUAGCGGGAGCUGCUAAUAUGUGCCCGCGUAAAACGUCCCGACCUGUAGUCAAAACGGUUAUGAGAAAUGGCAAAAUUGAAAAAGAGACUACCUAUGUAACGCGUACAGUGAAUUUCUGCUGCAAGGGCUAUCGUAUGAUCAAGAGCGUUUGCGAGCCCAUAUGCCGCAAUGGCUGUGAGAAUGGUAAAUGUGUUAAGCCCAAUCAAUGUGAAUGUCUGGAGGGUUAUAAAUAUUUUAGUGAAUAUGUCAAGCAUAGAUGUAUUCCCGAGUGUGGCUUGUGUCGCGGUGGCUUUUGCAGUGCUCCCGGCAAAUGCAGCUGCUAUGAAAAUUUCGAAUUGGUGGGCGAUACCUGUCAAGCGGCUUGCAAAAAUUGUGAAAACGGUUCCUGUCUCAAGCAACCGGGCAAAUGUGAAUGCAAUCCUGGCUAUGAAAUGUCCAGCGAUCAUGAAUGUGAACCCAUCUGUGAAAAGCCUUGCUCAAAUGGUGUCUGCAGUGCUCCGGGGGUGUGUAGCUGCAAUGCAGGCUUCCAAAAAAAUGCCAACGAUAAAUGUGUGCCGAUUUGUAAGAAUGGCUGUCUCAAUGGACGUUGUGUGGCUCCAAACCUAUGUGAAUGUCAGCGAGGCUAUGCCAAGUUAACGCCCUCAGAGUGUGCUGCUGUUUGUCAUGCGGGCUGCCCUAAUGGCCAAUGUGUGGCCCCCGAUAAAUGCGAAUGCAAUGAUGGCUAUGCCAUGUCCGAGGAAGGAGAAUGCCAGCCGGUAUGCAAGGCAGGCUGUUCGAAUGGCCAAUGUGUGGCCCCCAACCAGUGUGUUUGCAAUAAAGGAUAUGCCCAUAAUGCAGAGAGUGGACUAUGCGAACCCAUUUGUGAGCCAAAAUGUGAGCAUGGACAGUGCAUAGCCCCUGAUUUUUGCCAAUGCCAUGAGGGUUACAGCCUUAAGGCAGGCAACCAGUGUAAGCCAGUAUGUCAACCCUCAUGCAAGAAUGGUCAAUGUGUGGCCCCCAAUCAGUGUGAAUGCCAGCAAGGUUAUGGAAAAUCCUCCUCGAAAUCGCAUGAAUGUCAACCCAUAUGCCAAUCAGGUUGCCUCCAUGGCAAGUGUGUGGCUCCAGGCCAGUGUGAGUGUGACAAAGGUUAUCGCCAGACAGCUGAUGAGAUGUGCGAGCCCAUUUGUCUUAAUAAUUGCUCCCAUGGACGCUGUGUGGCCCCGGGCAAGUGUGAGUGCAAUAAGGGCUACGCCAAUAAAACGCCCAUUUUGUGUGAGCCCGUUUGUAAAUCAGGCUGUCCCCAUGGCACUUGUGUGGCACCUGAGGUGUGUAAUUGUCUGGAGGGUUAUAAAAUGGAGAAAAAUGUCUGCCAGCCUCAAUGCCCCGGGGGUUGUGAAAAUGCCACCUGCAUAAGCCCCAAUAACUGUGAAUGCCUGCAGGGUUACACCAAAUUGAAUGCCAAUAAAUGCCAGCCUAAUUGCUCAGAGGGUUGUCUCCAUGGCCAUUGUGUGGCACCCAAUCAAUGUGCCUGUGAGCCAGGCUACAGUCGCAUAUCGCCAAAGGAAUGUGUGCCAGUUUGCCAAUCGGGAUGCCCAAAUGGCCUUUGUAUUGCUCCAGGGACUUGUCAAUGCAAUCAGGGAUAUCUAUCCUUGGCUCCUGAGCUGUGUCAACCCGUCUGUGAUAAUAAUUGCCCUCAUGGAACGUGUGUGGCCCCUAAUGUUUGCUCUUGCCAUAAGGGCUAUAAAAACCUGUCUUUGCAGGAGUGUGGGCCUAUUUGUCAGAAUCCUUGCCAGAAUGGCAAAUGUGUGGCACCCGAUGUCUGUGAGUGUCUGGAGGGCUAUAAGAUGGUGGAGGGUAAAUGUGUAGCUCAAUGCCCCCAGGGUUGUGAAAAUGGUCUUUGUAUUCGUCCAGGCACCUGUGAAUGUCUGCCUGGCUUUAGCCCAAAAUCAUCGCAGGUGUGUGAACCCAUAUGCGAUUCCAAAUGCCCAAAUGGGGUGUGUGUCGCUCCAGGCUUGUGUAAAUGUAACGCGGGGUACCGUUAUCUGGCCCCUGAGCAAUGUGAGCCCCUUUGCGAAGGCGGGUGUCCUCAUGGCCAGUGCAAGGCCCCAAAUAGCUGCCAGUGCGAUGAAGGCUAUGCAAAUACUGAUCCCCUGAACUGCCAACCAAUCUGCGAUUCGGAAUGCCUCAACGGACUUUGUGUGGCUCCGGGUAAGUGUGAAUGCCUAAAGGGCUAUGAGAUGGUGAGACCCAAUGUUUGCGAGCCCAUUUGUGAGCAAGGUUGUCGCAAUGGCCUAUGUGUGGCCCCGAAUGAGUGCCAGUGCCUGGAGGGCCACUCAAAGGCGGAUAAUGCCACGUGUCUACCCAUUUGUGAAACGGAGUGCAUUCAUGGCUUGUGUAUAUCACCGGGAGUGUGCAGUUGCCUCGAUGGCUAUGGCAUGGUCUCACCCAAUCACUGUGAACCUUUGUGUCAAGGUGGCUGCCCCCAUGGCAUGUGUGUGGCCCCCAAUGUGUGUGAGUGUCUGGAAGGCUUCAGCAAAUCCUCAGCCAAUACAUGUGAGCCCAUAUGUUCGAAAGGAUGCCCCAAUGGCCUGUGCAUUGCCCCCGAAAAGUGUCAGUGCGUGGAAGGUUUUAAAAUGAAUGGCCAACAACAAUGUGAACCCAUUUGUGCCCAAGGUUGCAGCAAUGGCCAAUGUGUGGCUCCCAAUACCUGUGAGUGUGAAAAAGGCUAUAAGGCAGCCUCCCCCAGCCAAUGCAUAGCGGUGUGUUCAACAGGAUGCCCAUUUGGUGAAUGUGUGGCGCCUGAAGUUUGCCAAUGUCUAACAGGCUUUCAGAUGGAUGCCAAUCAACAAUGCAUGCCAGUGUGUUCGCUGGGUUGCCACCAUGGCAUGUGUGUGGCCCCCGAAACAUGUGAAUGCCUGAAGGGGUAUUCAAGCUACAAUCAAUCGGUUUGCCAACCCAUCUGCGAGCAAGGCUGUUCCAAUGGCGAAUGUAUAGCACCGGGAAUUUGUGAAUGUCUAGAGGGUUAUAAAUCACAUAGUCCCACUCAUUGCAGAGCCCACUGUGAAGGGGAUUGCCCCAAUGGCCAAUGCAUAGCCCCCGGAACCUGUGAGUGCUUGGAGGGUUACUCAAAUAGGACGCCCUUAGUUUGUGAACCUUUAUGUCAACCUGAAUGUCAAAAUGGUUUUUGUGUAGCUCCUGGUGUUUGUCAAUGCUCCCCAGGCUAUGAGCUGGUGGAAAACAAAUGCUCUCCCCUGUGUGACCAGGGAUGUGAGAAUGGCUUGUGCGUACAGCCGAAUGUUUGUGAGUGUACCAAGGGUUUCUCUCAAAACACCGAAGGUAAAUGUGAGCCCAUAUGCUCUGCAGGCUGCCCCAAUGGCCAUUGUGUAGCUCCAGAGAUUUGCCAAUGCCAGCUGGGAUAUUCCCAAGAUGCAGCGACUGGUCAAUGUGAACCACAAUGUGAGACUGAGUGUACCAAUGGCAUUUGUGCUUCCCCCAACAAUUGUUUGUGUAAUACAGGAUAUGAAAUGGAUAACCAAGGCAGCUGUGAACCCCAGUGUUUGCAGCAAUGUCUGCAAGGUUCCUGCAUAGCUCCCAAUGUAUGUGAAUGUCAUCAAGGAUAUACAAAAACUUCUGAAUAUGAAUGUAUGGCGGUAUGUGAACCUUCCUGUGUCAAUGGUAAAUGUGUGGCACCCAAUAAAUGUGAAUGCCAAGAGGGGUUUAAACUAAAUUCCACCAACUACUGUGAAGCCCAUUGCCCCCAGGGUUGUAUACAUGGUCUAUGUAUAGCCCCGAACACAUGUGAGUGCCUUAAAGGAUAUACCAGCUCCGACGAUGGUAGUUGUCUACCCCAUUGUCAAGAUGAAUGCCCAAAUGGCCGUUGUAUAGCCCCAGAAGUUUGCGAAUGCCUGGACGGCUACUCCAAUGAUAACGGCAAAACAUGUGAACCUGUUUGUGAAACCGGUUGCCCUCAAGGUACAUGCACUCAGCCGGGAGUUUGUGUUCCCGGUCCCAACGAGGACUCUGACAAUGAAUCCAUAGAAGUGAAGGAAAGAGAAUUCUCCCCAUGCUCCUCAGAGACUUGCAUUGAAGGUUCUUGCCUUAAUGACCUUUGCGUUUGUAACAAGGAUUUUGUUCCGCUGCAACUGGAAGACUCCAUCAGAGUUUGUAUACCCAAAUGCUAUGAUGACUAUCAAUGUCUACGAGGUUUCUGUCGCUCCAAUGGUACUUGUGCAUGUGACGAAGGCUAUCGUUAUUCGCAUACACUACGACGUUGUGAAUCACAAUUGCUGCAAGCAGGUGCCGAUUUACUAAAAACGAAGUCUUGGCUAAAAUGGUUCUUCAUUUUGGCCGUAAUCUCCUGUGUAUUGGCUUUCAAUAUUUUGAUAAUAUUUUGUAUACAGGCACGAAGGAAGAUAUCUUAUCAUGUGGAUAGUAAAGAAAAUCAAUAUGGACUGGUCAAGAUGUCAGCUCAACAAGCAGAUGUUAUUCGAAAUCCCGAAAGUACCGAAGUUUAAGGAGAUCUCAGCCAAUAGCAUUGCAAGCAUAAUAAGAAGCACAAUUAGAAGUUAGGUUUAUUUUAAUUUGUACACAUUGUUUUGUUUAUUUCUAACACGUGAUCACUAUAAUACUCAAAGAAGGCAAGGAAACAGGUGUAGCAUUCUAAAAGGGAGGAAGUUGAAAUUCAUAAAGUUCAAUAAAAGCAAUUAUAAGAUC